UGUUUGGUGAGGUUUGGUUUGGUGUUUGUUUGUGCUUGUCUAAUAUUACUUGCUCUGUGGUGCAAGUGACGUUUGGCGAAAAAUGUGUCAAAACACGAUUUGACAUGUGAUGAUGACUGAAGAUGUCCUCGUAUAAACGUCAUAAAUUUUGAAUCAAUAGAGUUUGAAACAAUAGUCCCUCCAUCAACAAAAUAUAAUCACAACAAUAUAUUUAUUGUCGUCGAUAUGUAAAGGAAAUUGGAAAACUUUUAAAUUACUUAAUCUAUUUCCAGUAACUAAACUAAAAUGGGUACUACGGGUCAAUCUAUCACGUUAGCGAAUAGUAUUAUUGGAGUCGGUAUCCUGGCUAUGCCGUUUUGUUUUCAACAAUGUGGUGUAUUAUUAGCUACUCUAAUCCUAUUGUGUAUGGGCCUUGUUUCGAGAUUAUGUUGUUAUUUUCUUUUGAAAUCUGCUAUAAUUACAAGGAGGAGAAAUUUUGAAUUCCUUGCGUUUCAUGUAUUUGGCUCGCCUGGCAAAAUGGCAGUGGAAGUUGGGAUAAUAGGUUUUCUAAUGGGCACAUGUAUAGCAUACUUUGUGGUAGUCGGUGAUCUUGGACCACAGAUUAUAUCCAAAAUGUUAAAUAUUAACCAGAGCGACAUACUGAGGACAUCUAUAAUGGUGAUAGUGUCAUUAGUGUGUGUGCUACCACUGGGUCUCUUAAGGAAUGUGGACAGCUUGAGCAAUGUCAGUGCGGCUACUAUCGCGUUUUACUUCUGCCUUGUUAUGAAGGUAAUAACAGAAGCGGGGACACAGAUGUUUGCGAUAGAUGCACACAAUAAAAUUGAAAUGUGGAAACCUUCAGGAUUGUUGCAAUGUGUGCCCAUUUUUUCCAUGGCGCUAUUUUGUCAAACUCAACUGUUCGAAAUAUUCGAAUCGAUGCCUUCACUGUCGCUAGAGAAAAUGAACGUGGUAACAAAGAAUGCGAUCAAUAUUUGCGCAGCUGUGUACUUCACGCUUGGCCUCUUUGGUUACAUAGCUUUUGGCUCGCAGGAAAUUUCAGGUAACAUUCUAAUGAGCUUAAGUCCAACAAUGGCGAGUGACGUCAUCAAACUAGGUUUUGUAAUGUCUGUGGCGUUUAGUUUUCCGCUCAUUAUAUUCCCGUGUAGAGCGAGCCUUUAUUCCUUCUUAUACAGAAAAGUACACCCGUCGCAUCACGACCACAUCAUAAACCACUCGAUACCAGAGAGUACAUUCCGAUGCAUAACAGUUGCCAUUAUAGCUGUAUCUCUAUUUAUAAGUCUGUUAUUGCCUAAUAUUGAGUUGGUAUUGGGCUUAGUUGGGUCCACUAUUGGAGUUCUGGUAUGUGUGGUGUUCCCGGCCGCUUGUUUUAUUAAUGUCACCUUUAAGAACACCAAUGAAAGGGUAUUAGCAAAGUUCAUCUUAGUUUUAGGCCUUAUUAUUCUGGUCCUCGGAACGUACGCGAAUUUACAAGCUGCAGAAAAUACAAGAGACAAGUACGAUGAUAAAUAUAUCACUCAAGAGCGUAUUGACAAAAUUGUUGAAGAUUUCUUUGAGAAAAUGGAAAAGGCUGAAAAGCUCAAACCGGUCAUUAAUGAGCCUAAAAAAGGAGUUAAUAAUGACGUGGCAGGAGAUUCUGUUGCAUUACCGCCUAAUCCAAUUCCACCUGAAUCACGGUCAAAUGAAAGGAAACUUGCUCCAAUAGAAACGAUUGAAAAUAAGAAGGACAUUAUACCGGAUGAUAAGGAAAAAAUAAACAAAGAAUCGGAAGAACAGGCACAAAACGCUGAAGAAAAAUUCAACGGGAAUAAACUAGCAAACGGUGAAAAUACUAAAAAGAAAACUAAUGAAAGACUUAAGGAUGAAAUAAAAGCAAAUCAAGAAAAAAUACAAGUGAUCAAAACUAAUCAAGAAAAACUUGAUAUAAUGAAAUCAACUCAAGAGAAAAUAGAUAUGAUAAAACACCAGCAACUAAUGGAAACUAUUAAACAGCACGGACAGGAACAAAAGGAGCUAAUCAAAGAACAGAAAGAAAUUUUGGAUGAGUUGAGAAAGACAAAAGAUGAAAUAGAAAAGAAUAAAAAAGACGACAACACUGAAGCGAAAAAGAUAGCAGUUGAAAGUAUACAGAAGAUAGCAAAUAUAGCGAUACAAAGUCUAACAGGCGUGUCUGAUGCGCCCGUUGAGCAAAUAAAUGGUGACAAAAAAUUAGAACCAUUGGACAAAAUUGUUGAUAACGCUGUUAAUGAAAUAGCCAAAAAAGCGGCAGAAACCUUAAACGUUGUAAAGAAAACUGAAGACAUCAAAGAAAAACCGGGCCCCAAUAGCAAAGUAGAAUCAGUUGGUGAAAAGAAAAAUGAGCCUAUUUUAAUGAAAAAGAUCGAAACAAAAAAUAUCGAAAACGUAGGUGAAAAGAAGAAUAGUGUUCAGGAACCCAAUAACGUUUUAAAUGUCAAUAACGCAGAGAAACAAAACAAAGACAAUAUAUUAGAAAGUAAACAGCAAUUAAAAAUACCACAAAAUUUACCUACUGAAAUUAGAGCAAGUCCUAUCGUAGAUAGUAUUCAAUCAAACGGACAGCAAAAUAAAAUUAAUUUAGACAAAUCAAGUAAAGAUAACAUAAAUAAUCAUCAAAAUGUUGAUAAAACGAUACAUACACAUACAGCAGAUGAACCUCAAUCUUAUAAAGAGGGUGAAGAUGCGCAAAUACAACCAAAACCAAGAUUAGAAAAAACUGUAGGCAAUGUUCCUUUAGCGAUAGCUUUGAGCGAAAGUUCUAAAAUUAAACAAGAACAUAUUGAAAGGAUAAAAGAAAAAGCUAAUCAAAAUGUUAAACCCAAUAAACUAAAUGGUGCUGUAGACAAUAAAGUUGAAAUGAAAGAAAAGGCAGAAAACUUACUUUUAAGGCAGAAACGGGAAGUAGUCGACUGCACGGAAAAAACGAUUUUAAAACCAGAAGAUAAGCAAAUUUGUGAAAAUCUCAUAGAUCAACCAGAGAUUAAGAAAGAUACAGCUGAAAUUUUACCAAAAGUUGAUUUAAAUGAUGUUUUAUCUAAAAGUUUGCCAAUCGACAUACAUCACAUACGAUCACUGAAAAGUUACGAAGAAAAUGAUAAGAUUUGAAGUUUAUGUUACGAGAAAUACCAUUUCAUUA